GGUUAAUAAUGGACAUUGUUGCAAAGCAGCUUUACAGGAAUAUAUAAAUUCAGGAUAUAUAUUAGAAAUUUUACUUUUAAAUGUAUCCCUAAUGAGCAUGCCAGAAACAAUAUUGGCAAAGAAAAUCUCCCAAAGAUGUUCAGAAGGAAACCUUGAGAGGGACCAGACACAAAAAGGAACCGAUCCUCAUGUGGGUGACACUUUAAACACUUAAAACAGAUGAUACCGCUUAUUGCUAUGUUUUUCAACUGGGUUCAAAAUCUCUACUAUCAUGUUGUUAUGUAUUUACACAGGUGCUAAUUGUGUUAUUAGUAAAUUUUAAAUUAGCUUGUCUGAUCACACCUUAAUAACAUUUUUAGUGUACUAAAGAGGCAGUCUUUACCACUCCCUCUCGUUACCUUUCUACGUAGCUUGCUAAAUCACAGCCAACGUCAGCCAUAAUUUGCAUAGUAUGCCUUAAAGGACGUACCUUGAUUUGCCUGUCACACAAACAUGGGUAAAUCCACACCCAAAACCUAUGCACUGUGGAAUAGCCACAAUUUGGUGAACCUAGGAAGUAUAACUCAGGAGCCACUAUGGCCUCUAUACAGCCUGGAAAAUUUUUCAAACAGUCCAAUUUUGUUAAAUUGUUUUAUCUGCUGUUGCUUGGAGCGGGGUACUUGACAUAUGUCCUCAUUGGUGGGGUUAUUUUCUGGAAGCUGGAAGGGGACCAAGUGAUGAGUGACAUUGCUCAGCUGGAGUUGAAGAAAAAAAGGUACCUCCAGGUUUAUCCAUGUCUUGGACAACAUGGCCUGGAGGAACUGGGAGAUUUUAUGCUGGAUAUAUCUAAAAAUGGGAUGAGUCUGAAAACUAACAACACUGCUGGCGGCUUCUGGAAGUUCACCAGCUCAGCAGUGUUUGCUGCUACAGUGGUGACAACUAUUGGCUACGGGAACAUCACACCUAAUACGAUGCCUGGACAGAUGUUUUGUGUGUUUUUUGCCAUUAUUGGAAUUCCACUUAACAUGGUGGUCCUCAACCAAGUGGGCAAGUACAUGCUGGCAAUCGAAAGAAAUUUCUGCACCUCAAUUGCUAAAAAGACCAACCACCAGAAAUUAGUUCUGGUGUCACUCCAUUUAGCAGCAUUCUUUGGCUCGGCGUUCCUCUACAUGGUGGUCCCUAUGUUUUUUUUUAAAACAUAUGAAAACUGGACCUACACACAGGGCAUGUACUAUUGCUUUAUCACACUCAGUACAAUAGGCUUUGGAGAUUUCGUUGCAGAUUAUAACCCUGACAGUAAUUACCCUGACUGGUACGGAUGCAUAUUGGGAGUUUGGAUAUUUUUUGGCAUGGCCUGGCUGGCUUUACUGAUCAAUCACUCUAUUGACCUUCUGGGGCACUUAGAUGCUUACCUUAGAUCGGCAAAAAAGAAUGACAAGAUAAACAAUUCACAAGACCAGGAGCUACCAGAAACACAGCAUAAAGAUCCUGAGAAAGAGAAAACAAAUCUAGAGGAAGCUGAUAACAGUGAAUGAACUGUUCAUGCAGGACACUUUGGUUAAUGCCAACAUUCACUCACUCACAUGCACAUAUAUAAAAAUACAACUCAGAUGUAUUGUAUAACAGGAUGAAAAAAUCUCACAGAUUCUACAGACUGCACACUUGUUAGAUAAGAUCAUAUGAAAUACUAAUUACAAUAAAUUAUGUUGGUCUUUCCAGGUGCACUUUGUCCACGCACUGUAGAUGCCUCGUCUUUGACAUUUUGUGUCUUCAGAGAUAUUGUAUAGUUUAGUCUAAGCCACUUUUCUGUCUCCCCCUUAUUAUUUCCCACUGCAUUAACUGUGUUCUUACCACUUACCAACAAAUCAUGUCGCCUUUCACCUUCUCUGGCAUUGACCAACAUAUUUCCCUAUAAGAAAUAACUUGUGGUCUGAUAUGAUAUUAGAAUCAUUGCUGCCUUCCAUUUACAACUGGAAUGCGUACAACUCUUUUUGGACUAUAGUAUCUUUUUAAAGACUAUAUGUGGAAGCUCCUUAAAAUUCAGUGGAUCCUCAGCACCAGUAGCAGGACUGACUGGUGACCUAUCACCACAUAGCAACAACAUCCACUAGAGAGCGCAGUGAUUCCAGCUAUUCAUAC